CCGCGCCGGGCAGGGAGGGGGGCGCCGGGCGGCCGCGUGGGGAGCUCUCGGCGAGGUGCCGGCGGCUCGUUCGGCUGGUGGCCGCGCUCGGGGAGCACUUUCGGCGGUCGGCGGCAGGCACCUUGCGGCGGGGAGGAGAGCCGGCCGGCCUGCGAGCGGCGGUACUAGCCCAUUGUUCAAGCGGAAAGACUCGGGGUGCGAGGGAAGGAGCCCGGCGUGUCGUCUCCGUUCUCCCGCUCCCCGCCUCUCCCCUCCGCCGUUUCCCUCGGCGCCGGAGGAGCGCCGCCGCCAGGGAGCCGAGGGCCGGGCUGUUCGGCACCGGCACCGACAGCUCAGGUGCACCGGCGGGAUCGGGGAAAGAGGCGCCAACCCUUCCCGAGGUGCUGCGCCUCGGGGGGCUCCGGGAGAGGAGGAAAGUUGCUCCCUUUCCUGCAGCAAUCCCAGGAGCUGCUGAACUGGCCUCACCUGGAAGGACUGAGCAGUUCCCACCUCUUCCAUCAGGUGCCUUUGCCGCAGCAAAGCCACGGUAUCCGGGAGACCACGGGGAGCAGAAUAACACCCCUCCCCGCCCCUCCCGCUCUCGCCGCACUUCGCUUGUUAUCUGCUCUGUCUCGCCGUGCUCCCGGGAUCACAGGAGGAUCUAUAACUGUGAUCUGUCACCGCGGAGAAGGUCGUGGAUGAACUCCCUUCCAGCAGGGCAACGAAUCACUUCUCGACUGCUUAUUAUUACCGUGGUCUAGGACCAGCCCUUUCCUGCUAAACUUGGCUUGGGAGCGUACAGCAGGAGGGGGCGCGGGGGGUGGAGAGCCAAGCCCAACAGCAUCUUGUGUGUUUGACUUUUUUUUUUUCCCCUCCCUCCUCCUUCCGUGAGACAGUUUGAUGAAUGCCUGCGAGAGGGGUAUGAUUUGCUGAGGCGCCUCUGGCAGGGCGGUGUGUGCGCGGUGUCAGCCCCGCCGCCGCCCCCCGUGGGGCUGUGAGCGGCCCGCGGCGGGGGACGCGCGUGGGAGCGGCUGCAGCGCUGCGCGGGCCGCCGCGCAGGAAGCGCUGCUGGGCGGACGGGACUCCGCGGCCUCUCGCCGGGGGCUCAGAGGGGAGUCACGGCUUUGAAAGGGGCGAAGAGGAAGACAAGUAGCUCGCCCAACUCCACCGCACCCUGAGCCCCUGGGUUUGUUUCGCCAUCGCUGAGAGCGUGUGAAGACGAGACCCAAGUGCCGCCUCUCCCAGCCACCGACGGGCUAGCGAGGGACGGCCCUGGCGCGGCCCCGCGCCUAGCGAAGUUGCCUUCAGCCGCCGACCGGUGUCACCCGCCUUACUUUGCCGGGGUUGUUUUCUUGACUUGGCUUUGGAUAGAAAAGACUUCUCUGUCUCCGCACCGUGAAAGUUGCCCGAGCGCUCCCCGCGGCGAGGAGGAGGGCGGCGCGCCCCGCGCCUCCCCGGGGCCGAGGCCGGUGGGCCCGCCUGAGCUGCAGCGGGCGGUGAUGAUGUGCGGCUGGGGGAAGAAGCUCACCCUGUCCCUGGGGCUGCUGCUGGCGAUGGCGGGCGCGGUGGCGCCGCAGCCGUGCCCGGCGCAGUGCUCCUGCUCGGGGAGCACCGUGGACUGUCACGGGCUGGCGCUGCGCGGCGUCCCGAGGAACAUCCCCCGCAACACCGAGAGGCUGGAUCUUAAUGGAAAUAACAUCACAAGAAUCACGAAGACUGACUUUGCUGGUCUAAGGCACCUUCGAGUUCUUCAGCUCAUGGAGAACAAGAUUAGUACUAUUGAGAGAGGAGCAUUCCAGGAUUUAAAAGAACUGGAGAGGCUGCGCCUAAACAGAAAUAACCUCCAGUUGCUUUCUGAGCUGCUCUUUCUGGGGACUCCGAAGUUAUACAGGCUUGAUCUUAGUGAAAAUCAGAUUCAAGCAAUACCAAGGAAGGCAUUCCGAGGAGCAGUAGACAUAAAAAAUCUGCAACUGGAUUACAACCAGAUCAGCUGUAUUGAAGAUGGGGCGUUUAGGGCUCUGCGUGACCUGGAAGUGCUCACUCUCAACAAUAACAACAUCACUCGACUAUCCGUGGCGAGUUUCAACCAUAUGCCCAAACUCAGAACAUUCCGCCUUCACUCCAACAACCUGUACUGCGACUGCCACCUGGCCUGGCUGUCGGACUGGCUGCGGCAGCGGCCGCGCGUGGGGCUCUACACGCAGUGCAUGGGCCCGUCCCACCUCCGCGGGCACAACGUGGCCGAGGUGCAGAAGCGCGAGUUUGUCUGCAGCGAUGAGGAAGAAGGUCACCAGUCCUUUAUGGCUCCAUCCUGCAGUGUCUUGCACUGCCCUACUGCAUGCACCUGUAGCAACAACAUCGUGGACUGUCGUGGGAAAGGCCUUACUGAGAUCCCAACAAACCUUCCAGAAACCAUCACUGAAAUACGGUUAGAACAAAAUUCAAUCAAGGUCAUACCUCCUGGAGCUUUCUCCCCAUAUAAAAAGCUUCGAAGAAUUGACCUGAGCAAUAACCAGAUCUCUGAAGCAGCUCCAGAUGCUUUCCAGGGCUUACGUUCACUCAAUUCACUAGUCCUCUAUGGCAAUAAAAUCACAGAACUUCCAAAGGGCUUAUUUGAAGGACUCUUUUCUCUACAACUGCUAUUAUUGAAUGCCAACAAGAUCAAUUGUCUACGAGUUGAUGCAUUUCAAGAUCUGCACAACUUGAAUCUUCUUUCUUUGUAUGACAACAAGCUUCAGACCAUAGCAAAAGGCACCUUCUCACCCCUACGUGCCAUUCAGACCUUGCAUUUGGCUCAGAACCCAUUUAUCUGUGACUGCCAUCUGAAGUGGCUGGCGGAUUACCUUCACACAAACCCCAUUGAGACCAGCGGUGCCCGGUGCACCAGCCCCCGCCGGCUGGCAAACAAAAGGAUCGGCCAGAUCAAAAGCAAGAAAUUCCGCUGCUCAGCUAAAGAACAGUAUUUCAUUCCAGGAGUUCACCAUUUUGGCUGCACUGAAGAUUACAGAUCCAAAUUAAGUGGAGACUGCUUUGCAGACUUGGCUUGCCCUGAGAAAUGUCGCUGUGAAGGGACCACAGUGGACUGCUCCAAUCAGAAACUCAACAAAAUUCCUGAUCACAUUCCCCAGUACACAGCAGAGUUGCGACUCAAUAACAAUGAAUUUUCAGUCCUGGAAGCUACUGGAAUCUUUAAGAAACUUCCUCAGCUGCGUAAAAUAAACCUGAGCAAUAACAAGAUUACAGAUAUAGAAGAAGGAGCAUUUGAUGGAGCUUCUGGUGUGAAUGAACUAUUGCUCACAAGCAAUCGCUUGGAAAGUGUUCAACACAAAAUGUUCAAAGGACUAGAAAGUCUCAAAACACUGAUGCUGAGGAGCAACAGGGUGAGCUGUGUGGGAAAUGACAGCUUCACAGGGCUGAGCUCUGUCCGCCUGCUGUCGCUGUAUGACAACCAGAUCACCACCGUGGCACCUGGCUCCUUCGACACGCUGCAUUCGCUCUCCACCCUAAACCUCUUGGCCAAUCCCUUCAACUGCAACUGCCACCUCGCGUGGCUUGGAGACUGGCUGAGGAAGAAGCGCAUUGUGACGGGGAACCCUCGCUGCCAGAAACCCUACUUCCUCAAGGAGAUUCCGAUCCAGGAUGUGGCCAUUCAGGAUUUUACAUGUGAUGAUGGAAAUGAUGACAAUAGCUGUUCUCCCCUGGCCCGCUGCCCUGCGGAGUGUACUUGUUUGGACACAGUAGUUCGCUGCAGCAACAAAGGUCUAAAAGCUUUGCCUAAAGGCAUCCCAAAAGAUGUGACUGAACUUUAUUUGGAUGGAAAUCAGUUUACCCUUGUUCCAAAAGAGCUUUCCAACUACAAGCAUUUGACACUCAUAGAUUUAAGUAACAACAGAAUCAGCACUCUUUCUAAUCAGAGCUUCAGCAACAUGACUCAGCUGCUGACCUUAAUUCUUAGUUACAACCGCCUAAGAUGUAUUCCUGCACGGACUUUUGAUGGGUUGAAAUCACUUAGGUUGUUGUCUUUACAUGGCAAUGAUAUUUCUGUUGUUCCUGAAGGAGCCUUUAAUGAUCUUUCAGCAUUAUCACACCUGGCUAUUGGUGCAAAUCCUCUUUAUUGUGAUUGUAAUAUGCAGUGGCUAUCUGACUGGGUAAAAUCAGAGUACAAAGAACCUGGUAUUGCACGUUGUGCUGGUCCUGGAGAAAUGGCAGAUAAACUUCUUCUCACAACUCCCUCUAAGAAAUUUACUUGCCAAGAGAUUCCAGGGCCUUGUGGUUUUCUGAUACCAGGGCCUGUGGAUGUUAAUAUUCUUGCAAAGUGUAAUCCCUGUUUGUCAAAUCCAUGUAAAAAUGAUGGAACCUGCAAUAAUGAUCCAGUUGACUUCUACAGAUGUACAUGCCCAUAUGGUUUCAAGGGUCAAGACUGUGAUAUUCCCAUUCAUGCUUGCAUUAGUGACCCGUGCCACCAUGGUGGAACUUGUCAUUUGAAAGAAGGAGAAAAAGAUGGUUUCUGGUGCACUUGUGCAGAUGGAUUUGAAGGUGAAAACUGUGAAGUAAAUGUUGAUGACUGUGAAGACAAUGACUGUGAAAACAAUUCUACUUGUGUGGAUGGAAUUAAUAACUAUACUUGCCUCUGUCCACCUGAAUAUACAGCUGCUAAUCUGAAUGAAGUGGAAAAAGGAGAACUCUGUGAGGAGAAAUUAGAUUUCUGCGCUCAAAACCUGAAUCCUUGCCAGCAUGAUUCAAAGUGUAUCUUGACACCCAAAGGAUACAAAUGUGAUUGCACACCUGGAUAUGUAGGUGAACAUUGUGAUAUUGACUUUGACGACUGCCAGGACAACAAAUGUAAAAACGGAGCGCAGUGCACUGACGCAGUUAAUGGAUACACGUGCAUCUGCCCAGAAGGGUACAGUGGCUUGUUUUGUGAGUUUUCACCGCCAAUGGUUCUACCUCGCACCAGCCCUUGUGAUAAUUACGAAUGUCAAAAUGGGGCCCAGUGUAUCAUAAAAGAAAGUGAACCAAUCUGUCAGUGUUUGUCAGGAUACCAGGGUGAGAAAUGUGAAAAGCUGAUUAGUAUAAACUUCAUCAACAAGGAAUCCUAUCUGCAAAUCCCUUCAGCUAAGAUACGGCCCCAAACCAAUAUCACUCUACAGAUUGCCACAGAUGAAGACAGUGGGAUCCUGCUGUACAAAGGCGAUAAAGAUCAUAUAGCAGUGGAACUGUACCGGGGUAGAGUGAGGGUCAGCUAUGACACAGGAUCAUAUCCAGCCUCUGCUAUUUACAGUGUGGAAACAAUUAAUGAUGGCAAUUUCCACAUUGUGGAGCUGCUAGCUAUGGAUCAGAUUCUAUCUUUAUCCAUUGAUGGAGGAAGCCCCAAGAUAAUUACCAAUUUGUCCAAGCAAUCCACUCUGAACUUUGAUUCUCCACUGUAUGUAGGAGGCAUGCCUGUGAAAAACAACAUAGCAGCUUUGCGCCAGUCACCCGGGCAGAACGGCACUAGCUUCCACGGCUGCAUCCGUAAUCUGUACAUCAACAGUGAACUCCAGGACUUCAGAAAUGUCCCCCUGCAAGUGGGAAUUCUGCCAGGUUGUGAGCCUUGUCAUAAGAAAGUUUGUGUGCACGGCACAUGCCAUGCUACCAGCCAGUCAGGCUUCUCCUGUGAGUGCGAAGGCGGAUGGACCGGACCACUGUGCGACCAACAGACCAACGACCCGUGCCUCGGAAACAAGGACAUGGGGGAGUCCUCUGUGAUGAAGAGGAAAUGCUGCUUAACCCCUGCCAAUCCAUCAGGUGUAAACAUGGCAAAUGUAGGCUUUCAGGACUUGGGAAACCAUAUUGCGAAUGCGGCAGCGGAUACACGGGGGACAGUUGUGAUAAAGCCAAAUCCAAUGAUUCUGCUCCUAGUUUUAUCACAAACUCUACUUUUGACCUCUCAGCUUCAACUGAUUUAUCACAGCGAAUUAUGCAGAAAUCUCUUGUCGAGGGGAACGAGUCCGAGAUUACUACCAAAAGCAGCAAGGCUAUGCUGCGUGCCAGACGACCAAGAAGGUUUCGAGACUAGAAUGCAGAGGCGGGUGCUCGGCCGGGCAGUGCUGCGGGCCGCUGCGCAGCAAGAGGCGGAAAUACUCCUUCGAGUGCACCGACGGCUCCUCGUUUGUGGACGAGGUUGAAAAAGUGGUGAAGUGUGGCUGUACAAAUUGUCCCUCCUAAGUGUCCCUGUCACACUUGUCUUUUGAAAAUGUUGUAUACUUAUUGACCGUGUCGGACUAAUUAAUGCUUCAUAGUGGAAAUAUUUGAAAUAUAUUGUAAAAUACAGAACAGACUUAUUUUUAUUAUGAGAAUAAAGACUUUUUCUUCAUUGAAAAAAAGAUUCAAGUGCUUGAACUGAGACUUCUAGUACCCAAGAGGAACUUUGAAGAAAAAAAAAAAGACCCGGUAACAUUGCAGCAGAAAUGGGAAACUUUAACUGCUUUUAACAUGGAUUCUUCUUUAUAACAUGCUGAAGAUACACUGACACUAUACACAUGUGACUUUCAACUUAACAGCUCAGAGAUGAAAUACUGACCAGAACACGAGGCUUGUUUUUUUCACUUUCAUAUCAGUCUAUUUUACUGUCUUGACAGACCGUACCAAUCACUUACCUAUGGAUGAGGAAGCUUUAUGAGCAAAAAGAAUCAGAUUAUACAGAAAUAACAAUUGUUUGAAACACAUUUUGUCUUUUGGAAUUGUUAAGCAUCUUGAGAAGAUGGGGUCUCAUUUAAUGAAUGGGAAAUGGGAGAUACAAGAAUAUAAUAUAAUCCUGAAAUCUCCUGAUGAUGUGUACUUUUAUGUCAGCAUGUUAGCAAAAGAAGCAUAAAAAAGUGUUUAUCUUCCCUUUUACAGUAUUAAUUUUUUGUAAUAUAAAUGUUCCGGGGAUGAUAAAAUAGAUUAUUGAUGGAUAAAUUAGUAAUAAUAUGGAUUUCUGUUUCUAUGAGUUCUAAACAACUCUAUACAGUAUUGGGUUUCAUUGAGAAAUAUUUAUUGUAUCAAAGUACAUUGUACUUAACCCUUUUAGGCCAUCCCUUUUACUGUUUUUCAAUGCUUUAAUAUAUAUUAAUUUAUAUUUGUCCCAGUAUUUUUGUAAUUUUUUUUAAAGGACUUAAAAAUCAGGAUUUUUUUGCAAUAGAACUAACGUAGCAUGUCGUCUUGGGGUGAAUGUUUUCAAUCUGUUUUUUCCUUUCCAUUUCCCUUUCCUUUUCCUUAGAAUCUGACCACUUGGUGUCACUGAAUAGAAAGUGGUGCCAAUUUGCGGUUUCACAUAUAGCAGAUAUUCAGGACACCUCCCAAGAAACUGUAAUAUAUUACAGAAAAUGUCUUUACACUAGAUGGCAAUUGUAGAGAAGUUAAUUUUCCCUAUAUACAUUACUUACAGAAAAUAAGAUGGCGUGUAGAAAAUUCCAUUAGAAGAUAGAUCUUUAUAAAUUAAUAUUCCUAUGGAGCUCUUUACCUUUUUUAUAAAAAAGAAAAAAAAGGCUGUGCUAUCAAAAACUGUGAUUUUCCCCAAAUAAUAAAACUACUUUACUGCCCCUAAUGUUCCCCAUGUUAACAUGUUGCUGCUAAAUUAUAAUGUAGAACUGGUAAUCAAUAGUGGGUUGUGUUCUUCUUUCAGUAAAACCCAGGGUACCCUGUAAAAAUGCAGAUGUUUUUUCAAUUUUAUUUUAUUAUUUUUUUUUACAAAAGAAGUUAGAUGUACAUGUGUAAUGCAGUGUGCUUUGUCAUAUUUGGACUGAUAUCAGUAAUGCUACUGAUGUUUGUAAAUUAAACAGAUAUUUACUUCA